AUGAGUUGGGACGACGAAGAUUUUGACGUGCCUGUUGGGAAGGACACUGCUGUCAUGGAUGACUGGGAAAAUGAAGACCUUGAUGAGCCUCUUUUAGACGGAGACUCAUGGGAUGUCGAUGAGGAUGAAGAAAAGGCUAAAAGAGAAGCCGAAGCCAAGAAAAAGAAGGAAGAACAAGCUAAAAAGGAUGCCCAAGUGGCAGCUGAAAAGGCCAAGAAAGCUGCUGCUCUCAAAAAAUUUGAUACUGCUGAUCCAGCCAAACGUAAGCAACUACUCAAGGAAGCCGAAUUGGAAGCUGAUUUGACAAACGCUGCUGAUCUCUUUGGCGGUUUAGGUGUUGCUGAAGAACAUCCCAGAGCCAAAGCUCUUAGAGCCGAACAAGCUGCCGCUGAACAAGCUGCUGCCAAUGCAGUGUUGACUGCCGAAACCCCAAUUACCGAACAUCCACUCUUCCGUCCAGAAACUAAACAAGAUUUCGAAAAGCUACGUAAGGCUCUUGUCCCAGUGUUCCAAGAUUUUGCCGAUAAAUCUUUACUCAACUACUCUUCUGGUCUUGGGAUCGAUUUGGUUCGUGAAUUGACUAAACCAAUGUCUGUCGAAAAUAUCAGAAAAGUUAUCAGUACUUUGAAUGUGGUUUUGAAGGAUAAGGAAAGAGCCGAAAGACAAGCUAGAUUGGCUAAGUCUGGUGGCGGUGUUGGUAAGAAGAAGGCCAAGGGUAAGGUUAAUCUCGGUGGUGGAUUCAAGAAGGAAGAAUAUACUGAUACCACUAACUAUGAUGACUUUGAUGACGAUGAUUUCAUGUGA